AUGUCGGGCAGAAGAGGCACUGGCCGCGCCAUCCGCGGUCCCAACUCCGCACUGACAGACUACCUUGCCGCAAACAACAUCUCUGCACAGCAAAUCCGCGAUGACUUCGAGCGACGACGACGACAACGCGAAGCGGAAACCGCCUCCGAGGAGGCCUCGAAUGCGCCAACGCCGACGAGUGCCGACGACGAGGCAGUAGCUGCCGCUGUAGCGGCGGAGGCAGCGGAAGAAGCAGAGAAGGUCGAAAAGAGCAGAAAGCGCAAGCGAGUCACAGAGGAAGCUAAGGAGAAGGCUAAAAAGGCGAAAGCAUCUUCGUCGAAGAACGGCAAGAAGAAAGGCAAAAGGGACUAUUCGGACGACGAUGAUAGCGACUUCGAUGCGGAUUUCGCAAAGGACAUGUACAAGAAGUCGCGGCCUGCUCCUGGACAACUCGAGAACUGCGAGCUUUGCAAUAAGCGAUUCACUGUCACGCCAUACAACAAAGAGGGACCUGAUGGUGGUCUGCUGUGCACGCCUUGCGGAAAAGAGCUUACGAAGGAUCUCAAGAAAGAGAAGAAAGCUGCGGCUCCGAAGCCGGUUGGCAGAAAGCGGCGAAAGAUCGAGAGCGAUCGUCUUGACGGGUACACGGUUGGUGGAGCGAAGACAUUACAGGAACUCUGUAUCGCGAAGGCUGUGGAGUUCCACGAAGAUGUCGAUGAUCUCGGACACAUGCCUCAACCACUCCUUGAGCGACUCAGCCAGAUCUUCUCCAAGAAGCGUGUACUCAAGCCGAAGGCACUGCCGCUCUUUCUCCGACCAGACCUGGAUGCCGUCAUACUCCACGAUGCAGCGUAUCUCGAAGAAGAGGACUAUCAUCAGAUCUUUGCCAUGGUGCCAAAGAUGGAGACGCUCGUGCUGCAGAACUGCUGCCAACUCAAGGACAAGGCUAUCGACUACAUGCUAGAGCGAUGCCAAAACCUGAAGCAUAUCCAGCUCUACGCGGCUAACCUCGUUUCUAACGGAAUGUGGCAACGUCUGGUUCGCGAGCUCGGCGGGAAUCUGGAGUCUGUCAUGCUCAAGUGGCUCGAUGCUGCUUUUGACGACACAGUGGUGCAGGACAUGCUGAGAUACUGCCCCAAUCUCAAGCGCCUGAAGCUGAAGAUGUGUCGUCGUAUUGGAAACGGUGCUCUUCAAGCCAUCGCAGAGAUGCCGAAGCUCGAACGUUUGUCCCUCAUGAUGAGCAGUUCUCUCGAUGUCGACAUACUUCUCGACCUCGUGCAGAAGCGCGGACCACAACUCCGCACCCUCUCACUCGAGAAAAACUACGAGGUGGACGAAAACAUCCUGCAAGCCAUUCACGACAACUGCCACCAGUUGACCAAACUGCGCAUAUCAGAGAAUGACUACGCAGUCGAUGAAUCGUUCGUCGACCUCUUCACCAACUGGUCCAAUCCGCCUCUUACCUUUGUCGAUUUCAACAGCAUGCGAGACGUCGACAACAGCAAUCCAGAUGGGCCCGAAGCGCCUAUCGGUCUGGCCUCCGCCGGCUUCAAAGCUCUCAUGGCCCAUUCCGGCUCUCACCUGAAACACCUCGACAUUUCUUCCUGCCGCCACGUUGAGCUGUCCGCUUUCAUGGACGUCUUCAACGGCAGCCAGAACUACCCUGCUCUGGAGUACAUCAACGUUAGCUUCUGCAACAGUGUGGAUAAUGCGGUCAUUACUGGUAUCUUCCGCAGCUGUCCUAGCCUGAAGAAACUCGUCGCAUUCGGGUGCUUCCAGGUUCAGGAUGUGGUUGUUCCUCGCACGAUUGCUUUGAUCGGUGUGCCGAGGGCGCAGGAUGCGAUUGAGCAGUAUGGUGUGGGCAUUGAUGUCGAUGAGGCGGUGGAGAGGAUGAUUCAGAUUGAGGCUGCGGCUUAGAGAUGGCCAGAGGAGAUGAUGGGACUGGUUCCUAUGCACUUAUUGCUUAUUGCUUUCACUUCGACUCGCUCGCGUUCGCAGAUGAGACUCGCUUGAUUUGAGUGAGCCAAU